AUGCACAUCUAUGGAAAUGGCUUUGGCCAGACCAGUACUCAUGCCAGUCUCACAGAUGUCAUUACACUUAUCGCUCACAAAAGUCCACGGUUGCGCAUACUCGAACUGGAUGCAGGCACGGGUGGAGCUGCAAGAAUCAUGCUGAAUCCCUUAGAAGGACACACACCGCUGCCUAAGUACGAUCAAUUUGACUUCAGUGAUAUUUCUAAGGCCUUCUUAGGUGUUGCUCGGGAAAGGUUCCAGGACCAUCGCCAUUUAGACUUUGGAAUCCUCAACAUUGAGAAUGAGCCCACUGGUCAGGAUUUUGAGGAGGAUUUGUACUAUAUCCUUUUUGUAUCAAAACGCGAUGGAAAGCUCGUGAUCACAGAGACAACAAAAGACCGGCUUUUUACUGGCUUCAUGCUUGGUGCCCUGCCUGAUUACUGGCUCAGUGCGGACGAUGAGCGACCGAGUAGGCCAUUCGUUUCCAAGGCUAAAUGGAAGCAGGUAUUGCUCGACGCAGGCCUCGCUGGAGUCGACAUUAUGCUUGAUAAUUACGACGAGCCAGUCAGUUGCACGACCCUCAUAGUAGCACGUAGCACAAGUAAAGAUAUUCAUACAGAUCUCAAUGUUGCUGACGACGUGAACUGUAGCAACGGGCAUGUCGACGCUAAUCAAAUCGAGAAGGUCAACGAGGCAAAGUCAUCUAGAGCAACUCUGGUGGAAGGAUCCUUCGACUCUGUCGUCACGCUAGAUAGUGACCACAAUUCUUACUGA